UAAACUCCUCAAAGGCACACGUCUUUUCCUGUGUUGUCAGCCGGAACGCCUCAAGGAACUUGAGAGAGCCUGGGCACGCUAUGUACGUGGUGCUACUGAAAGGGCGCAGCGGAGCGGACGCCCUGGGGUUCCUGGGCUACCGUCCCCAGGAGAACGCGCGGUGGCCCAGCCUGACGGUGCAGGAGCACCUGGAGGUGUUCGCCGCCAUGAAAGGGCUGAGGAAAGCAGAUGCCAUGGCCGCCGUCACACGGUUGGUGGAUGCGCUCAAGGUGCAGGAGCAGCUGAAGCUCCCCGUGAAGGCUUUAUCCGAGGGAGUAAAGCGAAAGCUGUGCUUCGCGCUGAGCCUCCUGGGAAACCCGUCGGUGGUGCUUCUGGACGAGCCGUCCACGGGGAUGGACCCCGAGGGGCAGCUGCAGAUGUAGUGAGGGGUGCUUCCCGGUCACGGCCUGUGCAGAGGCCUUGCUGGAAAUCUGUGAAUUUUGUUAGUAUUGUUGAACAAACAAAAA